GGCUGCAUAAGCACUACAGCUCUGCUCAGCUCUCCACGCACACACACAUAUACACAACCGCGCGCGCCCGCACAGGGCUCCUCGCGGGGCUCAGUCAGUCCCUCCAGUCUGCAGGUCGGAUGCAGUGAGCGCACCUGUUGUUACUGCUGCCGUCUGAUCAGUGGAGGGGAGGCUCUCUGCCGUAGCUGAGGAAGAGAGAAGAGCACCGCGAGCCUCGGAGGGACGGAGCACGAGGGACAAGUUAAGAGUGGUCAUGGACUGCGAGGACGGCGAGAAGAGCUCAAAAAGGCGAGACGCUGUUGUUUAGGAUUUAAAGAUGUGCGCGCGGAGCCUGCGUUGUUAAAGAUGCGCGUGCGGAGUGUGCGUUUUCGCUUCUCUUAAAGCGCGGGCGACGGGGAGAUUUUAGUUUUCUUCAGAAGCGCUCGAGCUCUGAGAUGGAUUGGUAAGGGCGCGCGCGCACACCAUGAAGUCCAUCUUCUACAGCCGCUUCUUCAUCCUGCUGCCGUGGGUCCUCAUCGUCAUCAUCGUGAUGGACAUCGACACGAAGCGCUCGUCUGUCCGCAGCACGGCCGGCUCGUACCUGGCGCGCCUCGGGGACACGCAGCGGCGCGAGCGUCCGGCGCACGCGGCUCCCGCCGGCGCGAACCGCACGGCGCUGCAGCCGCUCAUCUACGCCGUCACGCCCACGUACAGCAGGGCGGUGCAGAAAGCCGAGCUCACGCGCCUCGCAAACACCUUCCGCCAGGUGCACCGCUUCCACUGGGUCGUGGUGGAGGACGCGGGCGCGCGCACCGAGCUGGUGGCGCGCUUCCUCGCGCGCUGCGGCGUGCCCUACACGCAUCUGCACGCGCUCACGCCGCGCCGCUUCAAGCGCAGCGGCAUGCCGCGCGCCACCGAGCAGAGGAACGCGGCGCUGGGCUGGCUGCGCACGCACCGAGCCACGCGCGAGCCCGGAGUGGUGUUCUUCGCCGACGACGACAACACGUACAGCCUCGAGCUGUUCGAAGAGAUGCGGUCAACCAGGGGGGUGUCUGUGUGGCCGGUGGGGCUGGUAGGAGGCCGCAGGUACGAGCGUCCUAUUGUAGAAAAUGGCAAAGUGGUGGGCUGGUACACUGGCUGGAGGGCUGACAGACCUUUUGCUAUUGACAUGGCAGGCUUUGCAGUGAACUUGCAGGUGAUCCUGGCUAACCCACGAGCCCUGUUCAAGAGGAGAGGAGCCAAGCCAGGCAUGCAGGAGUCUGAUUUCCUUAAACAGAUCACCAGGGUGGAGGACCUGGAGCCAAAAGCUAAAAACUGCACCCAGGUCCUGGUGUGGCACACCCGCACAGAGAAGGUCAACCUGGGCAAUGAACCCAAGCGGCAUCAAGACUCGCUAAUGAUCGAGGUCUAGUAGACAGGACUGCGGCGGGGACAGCUCAGACCAUCAGUGGCUUGGACUGAAUACCCAUCAUUCCUGGCACCCUAUUAGUGUCCAUCUCUGAACUGAUUGCCUACUGAUAAAUGCUGGAAGCCCAGUGUGAAGUCAAGGAUGGCUCAGUCAUCCAAUCAUAUACACUGGAUUCAUCUCUAAUCACUGCAUUCACUGAGUCUGUUUCUGGCUGCAUAAAUGGACAGUGCACCAUUUCAUUGAUAAAAAUAUCGCAUCUCAAUGAGGCAGGACACUGGGGUGUUUGUAAAGAACUUGGUGGUCCAGCUCUAAACCCACAUCAAUGGACAUGGCUGUCUUCAGUGGCAGCCAGGAGACUUCGGUGGAAACGCUCACCAGAUUGACAGUUGGUUGUUUGUGAUAUCUGGACAGUCAUUAAGGAAUUUGAUUAACGAUUCAUUGAAAAAGAAGAAGAUUCAGCUGGUAGAAUUCAAUGAGAUCUGCUGAGGAACAGCUUGUCCAUGGAGCAGGGACAGUCUGCAGAAGGACUUGUCGUACAGGUUCUUCCAGGACAUCAAGCAGCCAACAGACGAAGCAGUAUACGAAAAAGACUUUCUUGCUAAGACUUACGUUGCUACUAGUGUAUAUGUGACAAAACCACAGAUAACAAAAUAGAGCCAGAGCAACAGUAGCAACUUGUGUCUAUGGCACACAGGACCCAGCACUACAGGAACAAACCUUUGGAUUACUGUCUUUAUUCCAAACGACCCUCUUUUAAAAGCAAAAUAGGGAAGAAUAAACAACAAAAAACAAAACAAAAAAAGAAAAACAAUAUAAAAUGAGAACUUUACAAUAAAUGAAGCAUUAGACAAAAAUGAUCACACAAUAGUUCAUGGCUAUUCACUGUUUAAUGCACGGAAAUAACAUUUUUUCCUCUGUACUAGGCACCAGAAAAAUGUAAACACAUUAUAGAAAUAAACCUGGAUGACGAGG